UCUAUAAUGGUUGUCAAUUGUCAUGUUACAUGUAGUUAAGUAGUUCGGCCAUCAAUAUCUUCAAUUGCGAAUUACGUUUAUCUUGGACAUCCCCUUAAUUAAUAGGGUGAAGAUUUAAUUUGAAUUGUGAAUAAAACUAAAACAUCAACAUGGGUAAAGGUUUCAAUAAUUAUAUGUGCAAGAAAUUUUUCCACCCCGCUUCUAGGGAUAAUCUGAAAAGGGUGUGGAUGGCACAACAAAAAGCUGAAGCAUAUAAAAAAAAACAAGAAGAAUUAAGGCAGCAAUAUGAAAAAGAGCAAGAUCUCCAUGAUAAUAAGGCUAUGCUGAGCAAAGAGAGCAAGGAUAAACUCAGUAUCAAUUUCAUGUAUGAACCACCACCAGGCGCUAAAAAAGAACGGGAACGUGAAGAUAACGAACCGGAAUAUAAGUUUGAAUGGCAAAGGAAAUAUAAUGCACCUCGUGAGAGCUACUGCAAGGGAGAUCAAGAAAUUAGAGAUCAGCCUUUUGGCAUUCAAGUUCGCAAUGUACGAUGUAUUAAAUGUCACAAGUGGGGUCAUAUUAAUACAGACAAAGAAUGUCCAAUGUAUAGUCUUUCCAUGAGUGCUGCAAGGUCUUUAGAGAAUUCUGAGAUAAUGGAUCAAAAUACACUUGUGAAUCAAAUGUUGGAUGAAGGGUUGGCUUUGAAAAAGCAACAUGCCUCUUCUUUUGAGUCUUCUACACACAAGUUGAUUAUGAAUGGAGAAGAGAACUGGGAAGCAACUUUUCUAAAAUCAUUAACUUUCAAACAAAAAAAGGCCCUACUGAGGAAGUUGGAAAAAAUUGAGAAAAAGCUGACCAAGAAAAAGUCUAAAAAGCCUACAGAUAGUGAAGAAUCUGAAGAUGAAUAUCGUCAUAAGAGAAAACGGAGAGACAGUCAAUCAACUAAAAUGAAAAUGAACCGAAAAAAAUAUAGGGAUCAAUAAGAAAAUGGAAAAUGAAACAUGAUUAUCAAGAAAAAUUAAAAAAGCUAAAAAAAAUUAGAAAUCUUAAAGUAAAAUUUUGAGAACUUGCUGAAUUUUCCAUAAAAAAUCCAGAAAUACCAUUUGCUAUUUUUUCAAAUAUCUCUAGUCUUAGGAAAAUCCCAAUUGUACAUAUUUCAUUGUAUAUAAUAAAUAUUAUAAUUCAGAA